CCCACUCAUGGGUAAGAUCAUUCGGGUCCAGGAUCCGAAGUUGGUGCACUAGCUAGAGUGUAAAUUUUAUAUAGUGCGUCGUUCUUUUCUAUACUUGGUGUCACGUCGAAAGCGUCGGAACUGUCCCACUGCCGGUAAAAAGAAAGCGAGUAACGAUAUUUUGAAAAAAAACUAAAAAUGACUCCGAAUAUAAAACCGCCUUCGGACAUAAUUUGCUUGCACAGAGCCGCUGCCCAAAACAAUUACAAGGCUGUCAGAAAUUUAAUCGACCUAGGAGCAGAUGUCAACGCAAUUUGUCAUUAUCCUCCUCAGAAAUUUAAUUACAACGCAAACUGCACUGCCUUGCAUGUCGCAGUCGCUAACGGGAGCAAAAGAAUAGUCGAAUUGCUGAUUAAAAAUGACGCUAACGUUAAUAUCGAGGCCAAUUGCGAAGACGAAGAUGGCAAAUAUUCAGGAAUUAAAGAGUACUUCAAUCGCACGCCGUUACUUAUUGCCAUUGAUCAAGGAAACAGAGAAAUCGUUGAAUUGCUGAUCAGAAAUGACGCGGAUAUUAAUUUUACCACCACUGCGGGAGAAUCCGCGUUUGGUCUGGCUCUGAAAAACGACAACGAUGAACUGAUUCAAUUGUUAUUAGAUGCCGGAGUGGAUGUUAACUUGCAUUCAAAUAAUGUCACUUCUUUACACUGGGCAGUUGCCAGGAACAAUUACCCUAUUGCUGAGUAUCUGAUUAAUAAAGGAGCUGAUGUUAACACCGUCUGCCAUUACCCGCCGAGGGAGUGUUUCAAUACAUGCUGCUCGGCAUUGCACGUCGCGGUUAAAAACAAAAACAAAGAUAUGAUUGAAUUGUUGCUGAAAAACAACGCGGACGUUAACAUCAAAGCUAAUUGUGAUGAAACCACUCCCUGCCAUUUUCCUGUAAGAGAUUACUUCAAUCGCACGCCAUUACACAUCGCCGUUGACAAAGAAGACAAAGAAGUAGUGAAGCUGUUGAUAAAAAAUAAGGCGGAUGUUAAUAUCGGCACUAGAACUGGGGAAACUGCUCUCGGUAUUGCUGUGAAAAAGAAUAAUUUUACUCUGGUAAAAUUUUUAUUGGAUGCUGACGCUGAGAUUAAUUCGACGAAUGAGUCGCCGUUACAUUUGGCUAUGAAGCAACGGCAUUAUAAAAUGGCGGAGUAUCUUCUUAAUCGCGGUGCUGAUUUUAAUAUCAGAGACUUUGACGGCGCAGUAAUUAACUUACAAUGCGCUGAUGAAGAUACCGAAGUUAUCAAACGGCAUAUCGUUAAACUGAAGGCUGCUAAUUUGUAUAUCGGUUCAUAUUUAUGUGAAAUUGGAGAUGGGUUUGAUUGUUUGUAUGAAGAAUGUUAUCGAGAGAUACCUGUGCGAAUUUAGCGCCUCAUCUAAUGAUUUGCAAUAUCCAAAUGACCUUAAUCGAUAGGUCUACGUUAGGUCUGUAUAGGUCCACCAAAAUUUUCGUUAGGUCCCCUAUAGUUUUUUUAUAAAUAAUUUUUUAAAUUUUGCAAUAAAAAAAAUUUCAUUUUAGCACCUCAUUCAGAACGAAACCAAUAAACUUGAUCAUUUUUGCAUUUCUUAUCGUUAGGUCCGGAUUGGUCUCUAGUUUUUGCAUUGAUAUUAUUCAUUAUAUUUGUUUUAUUAACAAUUAUAAAUAAUUUAUUAUCCGCGCAUGCGCUCAACACUAUUCAUAGCUUGGCGCGAAAUUUCUAGUUUACCUGUCUUGUUUACAUUGUAUUAAUAAAAAAACAAUAAAUAUACAUCAACUAUUCUCAUAAAGCUUAAUUAAUUAUAAUCUACAAUUACUCCCAAUGAGAAUUUUACUUGUUGCUCACAUGUAUAUGAGUAAACAUAUGUCAGUAUAUAUAAGCCACACAAAAAACUAUGAAGACCAUUAUUAAGUUGGCGCGGAUAUUUAAUAUUUUUCAAUAAUCGAUAUACUAAAAUAUUGCUCUUUAAAUGCUCUUUCAGAAUCCACAAUGGCUCGAGUCAUAAAUUUAAUAUUUAAUUAAUUAUCAUCAAUUAAAAAUACAAAAAUAAUUUUUGUGAAGCUCAAUAAAUACAUUUUA